AUUUGGGAGCUCGAGACAAGGCCCACUUGUGUUUGUUCGUCAAAGUCAGUUGAAGUAUUUAUUUUACGUGUUGAAUGAAGUGUUGAUAAUUAAUAAUCGUGUAAAGUUAAUUUGACGGUUCUCGACGGACUCACAUUUUUUGGCCUACAAUAUUUUCAUGGAGGGCAAUAAUGCAGCAUUGAAAAGCCAGUUCAGAGGAAAUUCAUGUGGACCAAGAAUGGCAUUUGAACGGUUCCAAAAUGGCUCAGACUCUUACUUCUCUCAACAGAAGAAUCAGGCCGGUCAUGUAGAUAUUGGGCGGCUGCCUCAGACCUACCCGUUACCCGAACUCCCUGUGCCUGAUGAUGUCAACCUCUACACUCAUUGGGCUGCACCAGAUGACUUCCAUAAAUUCAUAGACUGUGCUCAAACCAAUCCCAAAAAUAUGUUUGACAGGGCUCAGAUGGAAAACAACCAGUGUGGAAGUGAAGCUGAUCUCUAUGGCUUGGUGUCCAAUAUCUUGGAAGAUGCUGACCAUUUGGAUACUGCUUUUGGUGAAGAACCCCAAGGCAGUGUGAGGUGUGUGUGGUCACCCAACACCCUGAGGCAGAACAGCCUGCAGCAGUUCUUCAACCCGGAGCUGAAGAUGCAGUUGAACAACCCCAGCUUCCAACCAGGCCCAGGCUACUCCGAGCCCCAGCUCAAGGCCCUUCGGCAACUUACUGCCAAGGACCAGCAACUUAGAGCCGACCCCCUCCAACACCUCGCCGACUUUGAGAGUGACCCCCACUGGCUCCUCUCUCCCUGCAACGGAGAUGCCCAGGCCUACCCCAUGCCGGAGCCAGAGCUCCCCAGACCCCCGGGCCUGGAGCUCCCCCCUGGAGCAGGCUCAUAUUUGUCCAAAGCCCGAGCUCACAAGGCUCCAGAUUUCUGCGGCGCCAUGAAAGACGAGAGCCUCUGUGGGGUGGCAGGAGCCCUGGAUCCUGGCUGCGCGCUACAGGCAGGCAGGCCCAGCGACUCGUACUUCAGCGACUAUUCUGAUGACUUCAGCAUGGGCAGAGGAGGAACCAGGCCCAAGAUGCAGAAGCCCCUCUCCAUGCAGGAGAUGAGCCGUCUGGCGGCCAACAUGCAGGCCAUGCUGAUGGGGGAGCAGGAGAGCGUCUACUCCCGAGAUGCGCCACCCAGUAGACCACUGAACAACAACAACAACAGGCACUACGACGAGAACCCAGCCGAGAAAAAUGGUCUCCUGUACCCCCGCAUCCCUCCCAAUCUGCAGUACAAGAGAGAUGUGCAAAGGGACUUUGAGGAGCAGCGUGGGGGCGAUCUGGGGAAGCGGCAGUCUCCAUCCUGUGACUUCUACCCUAAGGACUUCACAGGGCCUGGCCAGCAGCAGUAUGACUUCUUCCAGACCUUGCCCUCGCCCCAGCCAAUCAAAACCAGUGCCAAUGAGUCGAGCUUCAACCAGUACGCCUCGCUGUACACACAAUCAAACCAGUACCAUGGCCAAGCCAAGCCACCGGUAUCCAGAGCUGAUGUUAACUUGGGCACAGGUGCGUUUGGUGGUAUGUCCAGGUUCCCAGCCCCCUCCACCUCUGAUCUCCGCUCUCUCCUGUCCUCUCAGCAGCUGCAGAGGGGCUCCGGCCAGGGUGGCCUGAGCGAUUACAGCCAGGGGGAUGUGGGUCGCCCUGGGCAGGGUCUUGGCUGCGGCAGCCUGGAUGGCCUCAGGAGAGGCCUGGGCAACGGUGCUGCUGGAGACGGACCCAGUAUGGAUCCCCGCUGCGGCGAGAAAACCCGGCUACACAGCUCUGCCCCGCCUGCUGACAACAACUGCCCCCCUCUAUACUUCAUGGACGGCAAGACCAAGCCCCAAGACAGGAAGCAAGGCCUGCUGCAGAAUCCCUACUUGGAGCUACUGGGCAGCCUGUACGGGCCCCAAGCUGUGCAGCAGGGCAACUUAGCCAAGCCUCCGCCUCAGGCCCAGCCUCCACCUUUCCUGCCCCUGAUGUACCCAGGCGUGGGUGGUGCCAGGCAAAAUGCCUGCAACUCCAUCCCACCACCGCCUCGCUCUGCCCACCCUUACAACUCCCUCAUGGACUUUGGUGACGUCUCGCUGGAGGGAGACGCCUCAAGCUUUAACCCCUACUUGCAGGAGGCCAUGGGACUGGCCGGGGCAGCAGGAGAUGGGGGUCUCCCGGCGUACCUCUCAGCCCUCAGGGGCAACAGGAUGGGCAGGAGCCGCGGAGCAGCCACCACCCAGCUUCACCAGCACCUGGAGGAGUGCUACGAGCAGUGGCGGCUGCUGGAGAAGGAGAGGAAGAAGUCGGAGGUAGUUUUAACCAAGACAUACCCUGGGAAGCGUAUCACCGUGGGAAGCAGCACCCCACUGCCCAAGGUUCCUCACAACCCCUCCAGAGUGGAUCGCCUCAUCGUAGACCAGCUUAGGGAACAGUCCAAGGUGGUGAGUCUGCUGGGCCGCAUGGAGCAGCUGAGGAGCGUCCCACUGCACGCCAACAUCAACACAUCGCUGGAUCGGCACCUGGAGGCUAUCUAUAAUACCCAGACCCGCCGCAGAGAGGAGCUGAUGUGCGGUAAUGGAAGCGGCAACAGCACUAACGCUCGCCAAAGGUCUGAAACUGGCCUCCUCGGAGAGGACAGAGACGUCCUCCUGCUGGCGGUGGCCCUGAGGGACCUGACGGGCACCACUAGGAGGUCACGCACGGCUCUGUGGUGCGCCCUGCAGAUGACCUUACCCAGGAGCGUCCCCGCCCACGCCGGCCUGGAGCCCGCCGAGCCAGACCGCUACCCUGCCGCCGCUGCGGACACUGUCCUCUUGGAGAGGAUUACCGCUGUGUUUUAGACGCAGUGCCGUAUGCCAGCACUGCCGGAGACUAGAUCUCUGUCUCUCACAGGAGGGAGGGCAGUGAGCCACUUAGCUCAACCUUUUUUCACAGCAAAUAUUGUUUAACUGUUUGAACGAUAUCUUAACUUUUUAUAUUGAAUUUCAGGUUUUUGGUCACUGUUCAGUGACAUUUAUUUAAAAAAAACUUUAAAAGAUUUUAUUAUGCUGGUUGCAAAGUCCCCUAAAACCCUGUGAGAUGUUUUAGAAGCCCAAAGAGUAGUGGAUGACGAGAAGUGAGUGUGUGUUUGUGAGGGAGUGCGUGAACAGUAGAUGGACUUGAGAGAGAAAGGAGGACUUUGGGCUUUUGGGUGGUUGUGAUGAAGAUCACUGGAGUCAUAUUGCCAUCAGGGGCAGUAGCUCACCACCAGUAAAGGACUGGAAUGGAGUGAACUCGUAAUGAAGGGUUACCACAUGAGAAAAGGGUUAUUUGGUAAGUAGGGCAUGAGCUACAUGAGCCUUUCAAAGUUUCUGUUUAAUUAUUAUUUUACCUUCAAGCACACAAUUAAUGUUCCAUACGUCAUUGGGUGCCUUACAUACUCUACAUUUGACCAAAAGAGAGAGUGAGAAAUAGAGGGGGAAAAACAUCAAGGUGAAGUAUUACCCUAAUUUAAGCCUCUAUUUAUGUAUAAUUAAUGUUGUAAUUUCUGUGUUUUACAGAAACAUAUUUAUUGAGAUGCCCUUUGGCUCUCAGUUUUAAUUAUUCUUUGUGUUUAUUUUUCUGUAGCAGUGAUAAUAGUGAUUUCUGAAAACCUAAUCAAAUAAGGGACCUUGGGUUGAUUACCUUUCUAAAAAAAAUCCAUGCAUGUAUUUAUUCUGGCAUCACAUCAGUAAGUGAACCGGCGUACCCACGAUGUAUUCAUAUUCAUGAUAUCCACAAAAUCUGACUGUAAUGUUUGUACUCCUUGCUGUUAAAAAUCAUCUCUUUUCUCCUGGAUAGGUCACUGAAAGACCUGUGAUAGGGAGAGUAAUUACCAAAUGAAGUGAUCAAUUAAGCAACCAAUCCACCAUAUGAAGUUAUACUUUUUAUGUUCAAACACCAGUGUGUUUUAAUCACAUUUGAUUUAAUUCUGUUGGAUGUUGAUGUAUUUCCAAGUUUAGUUACUCAAAUAAACAAACACAAAACCCAUAA